AUAUAUUUUAGCAUUGCAUAAUUGAGAAAUGGUCUUACUAAACAAACAUGAAUGAAAAAUAAGAAAUCUAUCUAAAGCAAACUGACAUGUGACCUUGAAGAACUCCAAUAGAGGCCACAAUGAAGGCGAUAUGUGCAGUAGUUUUGAUGUUAGCAGUCAACGUUUACGCCUUUGCUGGUAGCGAUGACAAGUUUUUGAAGAAAUAUGCCAUGAUGAAGAUAUACGAAAGCUGUUUUGGCGACGAAGUAAUCCGCCAGAUCCGUCGCGAAAUGAAACAGGCCUGUGCGAAAUGCGCAGGCGCCGGUGACAUGCCGAUGCCUCCCCCGGCCAACCCCAUGGGAGCAGAACAACGACCCAUGGGCGAGGAAGAGAACUUCAGGCCUCACCGGCAGGAGAACAUACCGCAAGUGCCGCUAGCACCGCAUCAGGCUCCGCAAUUGCCGCAAGGCAUCGACGCUGAGAAACUGCAUCAGGCUAUAUUUGCCUUCAGGCCGAAUGCAGCCCCACAAGCCGCAUACAGACCGUUCACCCCAGCUAGCCCACCAAGCUUCUAUGGUCCAUUCGGCGCUGCACCCCAGUUCACCCCAAUGGGUGCCUCCAUGUAUUAUCCAGGAUUCCAGCAACUGCCAUUCUCACCUUACGCCUUCCCUAUACCCGCCGGAGGGCAGUCUUACUUUGGAAGCAGAAUGUCGAGGGACAUGGAUAUAAGGAGUCAAAUAGAAGCAAUCACGUCAAGGAUGAGUGGAAAAGCAAGGAACGUAACUUGUAUCCUCCAGGAGCUUGGUUACUUGGACGAGAACUUUGAACCCAACUUCGCCAGGAUCAACGAAAGGAUCAACAACUUGCCAAUCGCUGAAGAAUUGAGGAAGGAUAUGCUUGAUGGAGUUUCCUUCUGUCAACAGUUCUCGCAAUGCGUUCCCGACAUGAAAAAAGAAAAAUCACCAUUAUCCCGCGACUUCGUCCGACCAAUGUUCUUCUUCAAAUGCUACAAACACAAGAAGUUGGAGGCUUGCAUCAUGAAGGACAUGCGCGAAAAAUUCUCUGGAGUGGGAGAGGAAGAUUUUGAAACCGACCUGGAUCUCAGAAGAACUGGCAGGUCCAGACAAAUUGGAGAAGAUAAAGAAGUUGAAGACUUAUCCAAUAUUGUUUACGAGUUUUUGUAUGCCGGGGAUGGCGGAGUUGACCUUGACGCAAUGCUUUAAGUUAUUUUAUUUAUUUUACGGAAAAGGGCUGCUAUUUUUCAGAAUCAGUGCAGGCUAAGACAGUUUUUCGAAAUAUACCUGUUCCAGAUGUCAGUUAUCUCUAAGUGAACACUAUAAUCGCAGCUGUAAAAAAUUGAGGGGUAUGACCUCAAGCGGGAGCAAACAUCACUGAAAACAAGGCAUUACUUCAAAUAACUUAUAAGAAUUUGAUUAUUGAUACUUCAUGUAACUAGAACAUGUGUAGUUGUAGAGGGAAACAAUUUUUUGAAUUUCUGCAAUGGAAUAGUUUUAAAAACAGAAUUUUAUUGCAGAAAUUUGAUACGAUAUAUUUAUUUUUAUUUUAAGUGGGAGCAAUAUUUGAUUGCAAUGCUUUAACAAAGGUACUAUUUAGAAUAUUGUAAUGUUUACAAAUAGA